GCGGUGCUCCCCAGCCGCGCCCCAGCCACGCCCCAGCCGCGCCGCCAUGGCUGCGCCGUCGGGUGACUCGAAGGCGCCUCUGCGCGAGAUGAAGCGGAUCCAGUUCGGCAUCCUGAGCCCGGACGAGCUGCGCCGCAUGUCGGUCACCGAGGGCGGCAUCAAGUACCCGGAGACAAUGGAGGGCGGCCGGCCCAAGCUGGGCGGCCUGAUGGACCCGCGCCAGGGCGUCAUCGACAGGCUCUCACGCUGCCAGACGUGCACCGGCAACAUGACAGAGUGCCCCGGCCACUUCGGCCAUAUCGACCUGGCCAAGCCCGUCUUCCACCCGGGCUUCCUCAACACCAGCAUCAAGAUCCUGCGCUGCGUCUGCUUCAACUGCUCCAAGCUGCUCGUCACGCCGACAAAUCCUAAGAUCAAGGAAAUCGUGCUCAAGUCCAAAGGCCAGCCGCGCAAGCGUUUGACGCACGUGCACGACCUGUGCAAGAGUAAGAACAUGUGCGAGGGCGGCGGCGAGCUGGACCUGCAGAAGGACGGCGGCGGCGACGGCCCGGGCCGUGUGAAGGGCCGCGGCGGCUGCGGCCGGUACCAGCCGCGCAUCCGCCGCUCGGGCCUCGACCUCACCGCCGAAUGGGAGCACGUCAAAGAGAACUCGCAGGAGAAGAAGAUCAACCUGACCGCCGAGCGCGUCUACGAGAUCUUCAAGCACAUCUCGGACGACGAGUGCUUCCUGCUCGGUAUGGACUUCAAGUUCGCCCGGCCCGACUACAUGAUUAUCACGGUGCUGCCGGUGCCGCCGCUCUGCGUGCGGCCGGCCGUCAUGACGUUCGGCUCAGCCAAGAACCAGGACGACCUCACACACAAGCUGGCCGACAUCAUCAAGGCCAACAACGAGCUGAUCAAAAGCGAGGCGGCCGGCGCCGCCGCGCACGUCAUCCUCGAGAAUCACAAGAUGCUGCAGUACCACGUGGCCACGCUGUCGGACAAUAACAUACCGAGUCUGCCGCGAGCCAUGCAGAAGAGCGGCUCAAGACCGCUCAAGACCAUCAAGGCGCGCAUCGAGGGCAAGGAGGGUCGCAUCCGAGGCGACCUCAUGGGAAAGCGAGUGGAUUUCUCGGCGCGAACCGUCAUCACGGCCGAUCCGAAUCUACGUAUCGACCAGGUGGGCGUGCCUAAGUCGAUCGCGCUCAACCUCACCUACCCGGAGAUCGUGACGCCGUUCAACACCGACAAGAUGCAGGACCUUGUGAAGCGAGGCAACGACCAGUACCCGGGCGCCAGGUACAUAAUCCGCGACAACGGCGAGCACAUUGACCUGCGCUUCCGCCGGAAGCCGUCUGACCUGCACCUGCAGUGCGGCUACAAAGUGGAGCGACACAUCGUCGACGGUGACCUGGUCAUCUUCAACCGGCAGCCGACGCUGCAUAAGAUGAGUAUGAUGGGCCACCGCGUCAAGGUACUGCCCUGGUCGACAUUUCGAAUCAAUCUCAGUGUCACCUCGCCCUACAACGCCGGUUUUGACGGUGGCGAGAUGAACCUGCACGUGCCGCAGUCGAUAGAGACGCGCGCCGAGAUCGAAAACAUGCACGUUACGCCGCGCAUGAUCAUCACGCCGCAGUCCAACAAGCCCGUCAUGGGCAUCGUGCAGGACACGCUGACGGCCGUGUGCAAGAUGACCAAGCGUAACGUAUUUCUAGAGAAGGAGGAGAUGAUGAACCUGCUCAUGUUCCUGCCGACGUGGGACGGCAAGAUCCCGGUGCCGGCCGUGGUCAAGCCGCGCCCGUUGUGGACCGGCAAGCAGCUGUUCUCGCUCAUCAUCCCGGGCAAAGUGAACAUGAUCCGCACGCACUUGUUGCACCCGGACGACGAAGACCACGGCCCCUACAAGUGGAUCUCGCCCGGCGACACCAAGGUGCUUGUCGACAACGGCGAGCUGGUCAUGGGCAUUCUGUGCAAGAAGUCGCUGGGCGCGUCGGCCGGCUCGCUUCUGCACAUCUGCUGGCUGGAGCUGGGCCACGAAAUCUGCGGCCACUUCUACCACGACAUCCAGUCGGUGGUAAACGCCUGGCUGCUGUACGAGGGACAUUCGAUCGGCAUCGACGAUACCAUCUCCGACCCGGAGACCUACUCCGAUAUCCAGAGCGGCAUCCGCAAUGCCAAGGAGGACGUGAUCCAGGUGAUUGAGAAGGCGCACAACGACGAGCUGGAGCCCACGCCCGGCAACACGCUGCGACAGACGUUCGAGAACCAUGCCAACCGCAUUCUCAACAAUGCGCGCGACAAAACCGGCGCCUUCGCCACGAACUCGCUCAGCGAGUACAACAACCUCAAGGCCAUGGUGGUGGCCGGCUCCAAGGGCUCGUCCAUCAACAUCACUCAAAUCAUCGCGUACGUGGGCCAGCAGAACGUGGAAGGCAAGCGGAUCCCUUUCGGCUUCCGCAAGCGCACGCUGCCGCACUUCGUCAAGGACGAUUAUGGACCGGAGUCACGAGGCUUCGUCCAAAACUCGUACCUGGCCGGCCUGACGCCCACCGAGUUCUACUUCCACGCCAUGGGCGGCCGAGAGUGUCUGAUCGACACAGGUGUGAAGACGGCCGAGACCGGCUACAUCCAGCGUCGCCUCAUCAAGGCCAUGGAGUCGGUCAUGGUCAACUACGACGGCACCGUGCGCAACUCGGCGGCGCAGCUGGUGCAGCUGCGCUACGGCGAGGACGGCCUGGCCGGCGAGUUCGUUGAGUUUCAGUCGCUGCCCACCAUCAAGCUGUCGGACGCCGCGUUCCGGCGCAAGUUCAAGUUCGAGACGACCAACGAGCGGCACCUGCGGCGCAUCUUUCAGGAGGACAUCGUGCGCGAUCUGAUGGGCUCGGCCGAGAUGAUCGGCGAGCUGGAGCGCGAGUGGGAGAGCCUCUCGCGCGACCGGCAGGAGCUGCGCCAAAUAUUCCCCACCGGUGAGAGCCGCGUCGUACUGCCCUGCAACCUAGAGCGCAUGAUCUGGAACAGCCAGAAGAUCUUCCACAUCAAGAAGGCUGAGCCGACCGACCUGAGACCGCUGAAGGUGCUGGAGGGUGUGCGCACGCUGCUGUCGCGCUGCGUGGUGGUGCGGGGCGAAGACCAGCUCUCUAAGACGGCCAACGCCAACGCCACCAGCCUGUUCUCUUGCCUAGUACGCUCGACAUUGUGCACGCGCCGCGUGGCCGAGGAGUACCGGCUCAGCUCGGAGGCGUUCGAGUGGCUGAUCGCCGAGAUCGACACGCGCUUCACCGAGGCCAUGACCAACCCAGGCGAAAUGGUGGGCGCCCUGGCCGCCCUGUCGCUCGGCGAACCCGUCACGCAGAUGACGCUCAACACAUUCCACUUCGCUGGCGUGUCGUCCAAGAACGUGACGCUCGCCGUGCCGCGUCUCAAGGAGAUUAUCAACGUAAGCAAGAAGCCGAAAGUGCCUUCGUUGACGGUGUUUCUGACGGGCGCCAGCGCGCGCGACGCAGAGAAGGCCAAGAACGUGCUGUGUCGCCUGGAACAUUCCACGCUGCGAAAGGUCAUGGCCAACAAGGCCAUCUACUACGACCCCGACCCACAGGACACGGUGAUCGCCGAGGACCAGGAGUUCGUCAGCUUCUACUGCAAGAUGCCCGACUUCGACCUCACCCGCAUCUCCCCCUGGCUGCUGCGUAUCGAGCUGGACCGCAAGCGGAUGACUGACCAGAGGCUGACCAUGGAGCAGAUCUCUGAGAAGAUCAACGCCGGCUUCGGCGACGACCUGAACUGCAUCUUCAACGACGAAAACGCCGAGAAGCUGGUGCUGCGCAUCCGCAUCAUAAACUCGGACGACUCCAAGGUCGCCGACGAGGUCGAGCAGUUGGACAAGAUGGAGGAUGACAUGUUCCUCCGCUGCAUCGAGGCCAACGUGCUCAGCGACAUGACUCUGCAGGGCAUCCAAUCCAUUAAAAAAGUCUACAUGCACCUGCCGUCGACGGACAACAAGAAGCGUAUCGUCAUCACGGAGACGGGCGAGGUCAAGCACAUCGCCGAGUGGCUGCUGGAGACGGACGGCACGUCGCUGAUGAAGGUGCUGGGCGAGCGUGACGUCGACCCCGUGCGCACCUUCUCCAACGACAUCUGCGAAAUCUUCUCCGUCAUGGGUAUCGAGGCCGUACGCAAGUGUAUCGAGAAGGAGAUGAACACGGUGCUGCAGUCAUACGGCAUCUACGUCAACUACCGCCAUCUGGCGCUACUUUGUGAGGUCAUGACCUCUAAGGGCCACCUGAUGGCUAUCGCGCGACACGGCAUCAACCGGCAGGACACGGGCGCCCUCAUGAGGUGUUCGUUCGAGGAGACCGUGAGCGUGCUGAUGGACGCGGCAGCCCACGCCGAGGUCGACCCACUCCGGGGUGUCUCCGAGAAGAUCAUGGUUGGGCAGCUGCCUAGAUUGGGCACAGGCUGUUUCGACCUGCUGCUAGACGCCGAGAAGUGCAAGCACGGCAUCGAGAUCCCAGUGACAUGGGGCGCCGGCAUGGGCGUGGGCAUGUCGCCGGCGAUGACGCCCUGGAACCAGAGCGCGACGUGGGCCUACGCCAGUGUCUGGUCACCGGGCAUGAGCAGCGGUAUAUCGCCCGGCGGGCCCGGCUUCUCGCCGGGCGGCAGCAGCGACGCGUCCGACCUGCCGCCCGGCUGGUCGCCGCAGCCGGCUAUCCCCGGCGGCGGACUGCCACCGAGUUACAGCCCGCCGUCUCCCGGAUACGCGCCCACUCCGCCCAGUCGGGACCCCGCCAGUCCCAACUGCAGUCCGACCAGGUCCAGCUGCAGUCCAACCAGGUCCAACCACAGCCCCACCAGCCCCAACUACAGUCCUAACUGCCCCAGCUACAGCCCGACGAGUCCCAGCUACAGCCCCACCAGCCUCAGCUACAAUCCGACCAGUCCCAGCUACAGCCCGACGAGUCCCAGCUACAGCCCCACCAGCCCCAGCUACAAUCCGACCAGUCCCAGCUACAGCCCGACGAGUCCCAGCUAUAGCCCCACCAGCCCCAGCCACAAUCCGACCAGUCCCAGCUACAGCCCGAGUUCCUGCUACAGCCCCAGCUACAGUCCCACCAGUCCCAGCUACAGUCCCACCAGCCUCACCUACGGUCCCACCAGUCCCAGUUGCUGUCCGACCAGCUCCGGCUACAUCCCGAAGAAUCCCAGCUACUCGCCGACGAGACCGAGCUACUCACCUACCUCACCCAACUACAGUCCGUCAUCACCAGGCUACAGUCCGAGGAGCCAGAGCUACUCGCCGACCAGUCCGAGCUUCUCGCUUACAUCGCCGCAGUAUUCGCCGCAGAGUCCCAGCUACCCGCCUAGCUCUCCCAAAUACUCGCCUACGAGCCCGAGCUAUUCACCUAGCUCGCCCAAGUACUCGCCUACGAGCCCGAGCUACUCACCGAGCUCGCCCAAGUACAGCCCGAAGAGUCCCACGUACAGCCCGGCGUCGACAGCGUACCGCCCUCGCUCGCCCAAGUACUCCCCGACCAACCCAAAGUACAGCCCUACCAGCCCCGCCUACUCGCCCACUUCGCCCUCCAACUGCCCCAGCUCGCCCAUAUACUCGUCGACCAGUCCCAUGUACUCGCCAGGCUCGCCGACCUACAGUCCGACGAGUCCCGGCUACAGUCCGACCAGCCCCAAGUACAGCCCCACCAGUCCCACCUACAGUCCGACGACUUCGAGCUACAGUCCGACCCACCCCAUGUACAGCCCCAGCAGUCCGGGCUACGAGAGCGAAGAGGAAGAGUACAACAGGCGCCGCUAGGUCUGCCAGCCGGCCGCCACCGAGCCGGGCGCGGGCACGAGACCUGAGCCCGCGCGGCGGCGGCGCGACGGGUACUCACAUCACCGCCGUACACAUUUGCAUGGAUGCGUCCACAAGGCCAGAAGACGGUGGAUUUCAGGUGACUGCCGGCAGUCAGCUGCCAGAUUGGGCCGCGGGAACGACGACUUCGACGACAAUUUCCUCCUUCAGCACUGCCUCAAAGCAACGCUGCCGUCUUUCUUCGUGGCAGGUCAGUUAUGCUUGCUAACUGAGCUGACAUGUGAGGCAGAUGAAGCGCCUCCACCAGAGUGCCAGGCAAGCACUACUGGCGGUAGUGCUUGCCUGGUGACACCCGGACGGCGAGGCCGCAGUGCCAGCAGAUCAGAUGUUGGCCGACCUCGACGAGCAGCUGCAUCCCGUCACCUGGCCAGUUCCUGGGAUCGCAGAAGACCUGGCUGAAAGUCGUCGAAAUCUCCGCCAUCAUACCGACCAUCUCAACAGUAAUAACUACUCCCCAAGCGCUCAUGGAUGCAGUGACCUGCAACUGCAGCGUUGAAAGCAAGGCAUGCAGCGUUCACGCUACAGCUGCAACAGUUACAGCGCAAGCCUUUGGCGCACAGACCACCGCCAGUGUUAGAAAAAAAUCGUAUGUUUCGGUCGUUGCACCAGCAAACAGAUGGACAUCGCAGAAAACGAAGGAGAUCUAGGUGCACAUAGUGAUGAUAACUAUGCAAAGCAUCAGAACAACACAAUGGUUGAUUGAUGGCUGGUAGUCCUGUGCUCAAAGUCUCUUUAGAUGUCACGGCAUGGCACGCCAAAUGUCUUCUCUGAUUUGGAUACUUUACCUUUUAUUUGGCACUUAAUUAGGCCUCAUAUUCCAAAAAUAAGUCCAACAACGGACUCGGCACCGAUGAUUACCCCCCUUUAGAGAUAUUACACGGCCACCUAUGUCAUCCAGAUCAAGAUAACAAAACUUAAUAUCAUUCAAGAUGGCGGUCGCCGUCAUCUUGAAUUCUGGGAAAUGAUCGAGUUUACACAAACAGCACCUAAGCUAAUUUGGAUUUCUUUACACUUCAAGAGACAUUUCCAGGAGUAGUAAAACUGGCCGACUUGGUGGAUAAGAUUGGUGAUAAAAAAUGUAUAAUUUCACGCGAUGCUUGCUGCCAGAAAUGCUUUUGACCGAAAAUUUUGCGGACGGCCACAGCAAAAUAUUACAGAGUACAUUCCACAAUCUUCCAUUGGGCUUCAAAAGCCAUACAUUUUAUUAUAAAACACUAGCAAUCCUUUCCAUAAAUACCUUCUACCGUACCCUUGGUAUUUUUAGUAUCUUCACGGCACCUUGGUAUCUUUCUUAGGCGGUGACCUUGACUCAGCUGACUUUGGGCUUGACCUCAGCUGACCAGCUUACUGAAGCCUUAUCUGAGGCCUUGACCUUGACUUGACUUGAGGCCUUGCCUAAGGCCUUGACCUCAGCUGACCAGCGGUGACCUUGGCUCAGCUGACUCGUCGGCGACUUGUGCGAUGGAUGCAUGCCAGGCCGCCUCAUCGCGUCAACGGGGAGAGCAGUUCUGGGCUCCGCUGCCCGACACGAUAUUGUAGUGCUGUGUGAUGUUAUUUAGUCGUGUAAAGUCCUAGCAAAAAAAGCUACUAGUAGAGGGGAAGGCCUGCAAUUUUUGCCAAUUUAUGCAGGAAAGCCCGUUUAUUUAAAUGAGCCUAUAUAAUCCUGUACUUUUGAAAAAUUCGAAGAUGGGAAUGAGCAAGUCUGGAUAACAGUCACUGAGGAGAUGAUGGAGAUUGAAUAGAAGCCUAUUGGCGCUGGUGUAGCUGAUGACCGGUUGUCUUGAUCUUUGAUGUACCGAGCAUACGAGGAGGAAGUGAUUUAGCGUGAAUGGGGUGUCGCAACAAUGACAGCGGAGAACGAUUGCGCUCGAAAAGGAGGCAAUGGGUAAUUUUGGUGUGACAGAUAUGAAGUCUGGCAAGCAGCACUUCCUUGAGACGAUUGUCUUCAUAAAUCGAUGGCCGAUGCUGAAGUAUGGGUUUGACUGGGUGAAGGCAGUGAUGAGUUGAUAAUGCGUUGACCCUGACCAGAUAAGGGACAGAAACAAAAAUGUUAAGUGAUAACUGCAAAAAUAUCGGAAACUAAACAAGAACGAUGAUUGCAUUCAGAUAAUAUCGGACUUUGCUUUGCUUCCUGGUUAGCUAUGUUGUUUCCAUAAAUAUUGGCUUAUCUAGAUAAAAAUUACGCGAGUAUGUGGAGGAAGGAAGUAGAGCGUCCGACGUAAGCCGCUUAUAAUUAGAUAGGAUGAGUAAUAAAGAAUGAUGAGAGGUUGUAGCAACGAAUGAUGAUGUGCAUGUCACUGCCGUUUACAUGUUGCUAUCCCUGAUGUAGAGCAGGGCUGCCGGGAUUCCUGUUUGUUCAGCCGUAUACACAGUGUUGCUAUUUGACAAGCGGUGGGAUUUACGGUAAUUAUGAUGGACGGAGGCGGUUCCCGUGCGGCCAUCGCGUCGGGAGCCGUCAACAUAUAUAAAUGUGUGCUGGUCAUGUUCAUCUUUGAACUCAACGAAGGGUGCAUGCACUUCGUUUUUUUAUACUUUUUUUGUAUGCAAACAAAAAUAUUACGUUCGGUAUAGGGUCGCCCUAAAAGCGUCGCAGGCUAGGAAUGGGGCUUCAGGGAAUAUGCGUGAGAUUAAGCGCUCAUUGCGCUCGAAUAACACGGGUGCCAAUGUUUGGGCACCGAAGUUCCACGUUGGUGAGGGGUGCGGUUGGGGCGGAGGUGUGUGAGGGUGUUGUAUAUGUGGUUAUCAACGUGCGUCGUAGCAUGUGUGUAAAAUCUAAGAAGUUGCAUUGCUCGCCAGUGUGUUAGGGAGCGGAGAUUCGUGUCCGUGAGCAGGUUUGGGACCAGGAAGUGCGAAGUGCACCAGUCACUAUCCGUAAGACAGCAUUCUAGACGGCCUUCGGUUUUUGGGAAGAAAUGUCAUAGAAAAGGAAGUCAUUGUAGCCCAAGGUUGGGGGUAUCAGGGAGGUGUAGAAGCGGAGGAGCGCGUGUUUGUUGGCCCACUCCCGUCCCGCUAUGCAUUCUGUCGUGCUUAGGGAGGCAUAGAAGCGGAGGAGCGCGUGUUUGUUGGCCCACUCCCGUCCCGCUAUGCAUUCUGUCGUGCUUAGGGAGGCAUAGAAGCGGAGGAGCGUGUGUUUGUUGGCCCACUCCCGUCCCACUAUGCAUUCUAUCGUGCUUAGGGAGGCAUAGAAGCGGAGGAGCGUGUGUUUGUUGGCCCACUCCCGUCCCACUAUGCAUUCUAUCGUGCUUAGGGAGGCAUAGAAGCGGAGGAGCGUGUGUUUGUUGGC